AGCAGAGACUUGGUUUGGUCGGAAGAAAGUGACACUGCAGCCUCGUCUCUCUCCUCGCUAAUACAAACGUCCUCCUCAGUGCGGGUCAGGCCAAGCUGCAAGUCAGAGAGUCGAUUCAUCUCUCUGAGUCUUUCAUUUCCCUUUCCGUCCUAUUUCCUCUCCUGAUUUGCAUAUAAUACGAAAAAUAGGGUACAAUACAAUGAAACCGAUUUUGAAGUUUCCCAAGAUCAUAAUCCUCAGCGUUCUGGUGGGCGUCAUAGUCACAGCGUCGGAGGAACCCUCGGGACAGGAAGAAGUUGGUGGCGCUGCUGCUGCCUCCGUGGUCCAAGUCCCCCUUGCGCCAGACUAUGUGGUCGUGGCAGAGCCGGAAGAGUACUACGACCACGUUGAAGGGGCAUGGCCACCGGAAGAAGUUCUCGCUCAGACUCGCUCAGCCAGAGCCAUGUAUCUCGCCCAAGGGGUCGAAUUUGUCUUCCCCAUAGGCGUCCAGUACACCUUGGCAAAUCUGAACGAAGGCGUCUGGCCUCUGGGAACGGAGGGCUUCGACGGAGUUCUAGAGUUCCCAAAGAACAAAAUCGCCAUCAUGUUCUCAUCCAUGAUCAAUACGCUUAAAAUUGCCAACUUUUCCGUGACGAGUAAGAUUUACACACCGGAUGAGAAACUGCCGACCACAGCGCUUCGCAUUUUGGGCACAGAGUUCAAGCCAGCCGAUUUCCGAGCUGGUUACAAGGACACGUGGACAGGAAUGAACAAGGACAUCGCGGCGGCGACUGGGGGAGCCAUUUCCGAGUUCAUCCCUCGUGGAGGAUUGUACGGGAGGACGAUUUACCCAUUCACGACGGCGGCGUAUGUCAACUCUCUCCACUACGAGAACCAAUGGGCCUUCCCUUGGAAGGACUCUGCCUCGCUGGACAAGUUCACAGACUCGACCCACGUGUCGUACAUGGAGGUGGAGGGACUCAUGCCCUAUUACGAAAACGACGCCUUCAUCGCAGUCGCUGCUCUCUUUAAGAGUGGUACUGGAAGCGUGGUGUUUCUGAAGCCGAAAGGGGCCGUGACCAUCUUGCAGCUGAUGCUCAACCCCACCGCCCUCACUCAAAUAUUCGACGAAAGUUUCCCUGGCUGGGGUGUGAAACAGAUGCGAGUUCAUGUCCCAAAAGCUAGCUUCACCACCAACAGCCAGCACUUUGACAUGUUGGUGAAGCGAGGAGUGACCAACUCGUUCUGCGUCCAUGAAGCGACGACUCCCGGGGGAGAAACCACUACGUCUCGCUACUCUCUCAACCCCAUUGUGCAAACGAACCACAUCCGCAUCGCGAAGGAGACGUUUUCCAUUGCUUCCGUCACAGGGGUGACGCUGAACAACGAGAAGGAUCUCAACAGCUGGAACACGCGUCAGAGGGACGACAUGGCCCCAGAAACCCUUCUCGAGGAGUAUACCACUCCCAAAGACGAUUUGCAUGACGACGAUCCCGAGACCAGCACGGUCGUUAGUACAGAAGAGGUCGACGAGUCCACCACCGUGCCGUCCAGUGACGACGCCUCUUCGGCCGAGGAGCGAAGUGAUUUGGGCUCCAUCACGCUCAGCAGCACGGAACAAUCCACGACCAACAGCUCCAGCCCAGAAGCGGAUAAAACGGUCAAGAAAGGCGAGUCUGCAACUCCCACCGUCGAUUUUUACGACUUCAACGAGCCCUUCCUCUGGUUUCUGCAUGCGAUAAACGAGGAGCCGAUGUUUAUGGGUGUCAUCGAGUCCUUCAAACGUUACUUGGAGGAGACUGGAAACAAGGAGAACGUGCAGAGCGGGGAGGACACACCCAAGUCCGCUGCCUCCGGGCUCAUCGACAAGAACCGAUGGAUUUACGAGGCUGCGAAGGGCGUACUUUGGCACUGUCCAUCCCUCAUCAACAAACAGGCCGAGUAGGCGACCUUUCCCGUGACCCAUAAUUCUCAACCUCACUCAACGACCUGAAUCAAAUGCUCUAACUCUGUGAUCCAUAUUAGUUAUUUAUUUAUUUAUUUAUAUUUUUUAUUUGAUUGACUCGUAUGAAUUUAUUCAUUAUGCUGAAUCAUGAUGGACAACAGUCAUCCCCGUUUUGUACAUUUCAAGCAUUAAAAUAUGUGUACACAUUA